CAAAUAAUUUGUGAAUGUCAGCUUUCUUACCCAACACGGAGAUUAAACAAGAGCUGCUCUUCACCCUCGACAAACUCAUCAAACACUCCCAGAAUGAAGCUCAGCUUUUGAAGUAUGCUCUGGACUCCCUCAAGCACAACCCUACAAAGCCUGAACCUGACCAGACGACGGUGGUUAAGGAGGAGUUGGUCGACGUCACUACGGAGGAUUUUAGAACCUCCGCAAUCAUUUCAUCUCAACAAAUCCCUGUCUCCUGCCCUCCCACUAUUGCUAGCCCGAGCACUGCUGAAGCAGCACAAACGCUCCUCCGAAUAAAGGAAGAACUAAGUAGAGAACUCCAAAGAUUAUCACCUAGAUAUGAAGAUGACGAGGAAACUCAACCCCAAGCUAAGCGACCCCGUAUCGAACUUCGUCCUGAAUUCACUGUGCAAGCUCCAGCAGCCACACCAAUGGUGUUAGUUCCAAUCCCCGCUGAUAAAGUGAAAGAGUUGCUUAUGAACGGUGGAACAAUCCCUCCAAUGUCACUCCUCUCAGCUCUACCCUACAGUCAAGUAUCAGAAUUCUCCAACAUCCCUCCCUGCUCCUCCUCUCAACACCCCUCCACAGUCCACCACCACCCUGAGCAGUCCCCCCAACCUCCCAGUCCUACCUCCUCACUCCACAAAUUCACCACCUCUCCUCCCUCAACCUCCCCCACCACCUCUCCCACCACAUCUCCUCUUCUAUCCCCCACCAUGUCCUCCUCAAUACUGCGGUUCUGCGAGAGGAGGUCCUACAGAGAGGAUGUAGACGUGUUCCACUACCUUCCAGCAGACGCCCGAGCUUCACCCUUCCCGACCAACAAGCCAACUAACUACAGGCAGUUCCUGGACGACAUCACCAAGACUAAAGUCAAGAUACCUAAACUACCGAAGAGUUACGAAGCACUCCCUAAGCUGAGUCCCGGAAUGAACGAGAGGACGGUCUACACUCCGUUCCAGACAGAACGUCUAGAAGAAUCCUUCAGAACGAACCCCUUCCUAACCAAGGAGCAGAGAGAGAGGCUUAGUAAAGAGCUGAGUAUCCACGCGGGGAGGAUUAAAGUCUGGUAUCAGAAUCGGAGGGCGAGGAAAAGGAGGGAGGAAGUAUUAAAGGAGAAAAUAGAGACAGCUGCAAGGACUGGAUCUACAACUGCAUCUAAUGAUUGAGCAGAUGAUGCAGGGGAAACUGGACAGAAACUUUGAGAGGAGUGAGGACAUACGUCUUAUUUUUACUGAAGCCUUAUAGUGUGUAUAUUUACAGAAUUUUGUAAUUAAAUUUGGUUAUCAUUUUGUAUUU